CAAGAAAUUGCAGUCUCUGUUGUUAUAUUGUUAGCAAUCGCUAUGACGGUGGGAACUGUCGGCAACUUUGGAGUUUGCGUAAUUCUUGCAAGAAGAAGAGACCUCCGAUACGUUCCACAUCAGUUACUCGCAAGCCUCUCCUUAAAUGGUCUUCUUUCUUCUCUAAUAUCAGCGCCCGCGGUCUUAGGAAUGGCGGUGGUGAACUAUUUUCCAGCGAUCGGUGACGUCUCGUUGGACCUAUUAUGCAAAAUCGGAUACUCUUCCUCCAUGGGUUUUACCGUAAUCAACGCUUCAACUUUGUCCAUGAUGGCCAUUGAUCGGCAGCAUUGUGUCAUAUUUCCCUUGAAGCGACGUUUGUCACUAACGAAUGUUAAAAGAGUGAUUUCCGUCACUUGGGUAGCAGGAUUUCUGUUUGCUCUCCUCCACGGUUUAAUACUACGCAAGGAGUCUUCCGUCUGCUCAAGAAUGGACCCUUACAAUUCCUUUGUCACCAUUCCUGACAACCAUAUCAUUGUACUUUACUCUCUAGUUUUACAUACAAUACCCAACGUCAUCACCGCAAUAGUAAUCGUCAUCACAAUUUUUCGGAUUUUAAAAAAGCUUCGCUCUUUUAUUUUCACGCGUUUAACCUCUGUAAAUCGACGACGCGAAUAUAAGAUAACCAAAAUAACAUUCCAAACUUGCGCUAUUUUUCUCAUUUGUUGGUUUCCGAACAUAAUAACAACCUCUCUGGUCCGAGUGGGUGCAUUUCGUCGUGUGGCCGUGACCCAGCCCAUCAAGCUUUUUGCUGUGGUUAUAUCGAAAUUUAACUACGUUGCAAAUCCUUUACUUCAUUUUAAAAUGCUGCAAAUUACACCGCCCAAUCGUCUU